GCAGAGGCAGGGGGAGUGGAUGUGACUUGUCCCACGCCAGGCAGGAAGUGAACGGAUUGGAAAACGUGAGCUGGUCGUUGGUGUGCAGGCUUCCUCUGGUGGCUCCCACGGCUUUUCUGCGUGGAGUCAGUACCAAAUGAGGAGGAAAGGACGAUGUCAUCGCGGCGCUGCAGCGAGACACCCUUCCUCCCCGUGCAGUACUAAGCACUCCCCCACGCGAGAGACCCUGACCUACGCGCAAGCCCAGAGGAUGGUGGAGAUUGAGAUUGAGGGGCGCCUGCACAGGAUCAGCAUUUUUGAUCCCCUGGAGAUCAUAUUAGAAGAUGACCUCACCGCUCAAGAACUGAGUGAGUGCAACAGCAACAAGGAGAACAGCGAGAGGCCGCCCGUGUGCUUACGAACUAAGCGCCACAAAAACAACAGAGUCAAAAAGAAACAUGAAGCCGUCCCCAGUGCCCACGGCCCAUUGGCGUCGGCCAGUGCGCUUCCUGAGCCCAAGGUGCGGAUCGUGGAGUACAGCCCGCCCUCUGCCCCGAGGCGGCCCCCGGUGUACUACAAGUUCAUCGAGAAGUCGGCCGAGGAGCUGGACAACGAGGUGGAGUACGACAUGGACGAGGAGGACUACGCCUGGCUGGAGAUCGUCAACGAGAAGCGGAAGGGCGACUGCGUCUCGGCCGUGUCGCAGAGCGUGUUUGAGUUCUUGAUGGACCGCUUCGAGAAGGAGUCCUACUGCGAGAACCAGAAGCAGGGGGAGCAGCAGUCCCUGAUCGACGAGGACGCCGUGUGCUGCAUCUGCAUGGACGGCGAGUGCCAGAACAGCAACGUGAUUCUCUUCUGUGACAUGUGUAACCUGGCGGUGCACCAGGAGUGCUACGGGGUGCCCUACAUCCCCGAGGGCCAGUGGCUCUGCCGACACUGCCUGCAGUCCCGGGCCCGGCCCGCCGACUGCGUGCUCUGCCCAAACAAGGGAGGUGCCUUCAAAAAAACAGAUGACGACCGCUGGGGCCAUGUGGUGUGUGCCCUGUGGAUCCCGGAGGUUGGCUUUGCCAACACGGUGUUCAUCGAGCCCAUCGAUGGCGUGAGGAACAUCCCUCCGGCCCGGUGGAAACUGACGUGCUACCUCUGUAAGCAGAAGGGCGUGGGUGCCUGUAUCCAGUGCCACAAGGCAAACUGCUACACCGCCUUCCACGUGACGUGUGCCCAGAAGGCCGGCCUCUACAUGAAGAUGGAGCCCGUGAAGGAACUCACUGGCGGUGCCACGACCUUCUCCGUCAGAAAGACCGCUUACUGUGACGUCCACACGCCCCCGGGCUGUACGCGGAGGCCUCUGAACAUUUACGGGGAUGUCGAAAUGAAAAAUGGUGUCUGUCGAAAAGAGAGCUCGGUCAAAGCGGUCAGGUCCACGUCCAAGGUCAGGAAGAAAGCAAAAAAGGCUAAGAAGACACUGAGUGAGCCCUGUGCGGCCCUGCCGCCUGUGUGCGCACCCUACAUCCCCCCUCAGCGAUUAAAUAGGAUUGCGAAUCAGGUGGCCAUCCAGCGGAAGAAGCAGUUUGUUGAGAGAGCCCACAGCUACUGGCUGCUCAAAAGGCUGUCGAGGAAUGGCGCCCCCCUGCUGCGGCGACUCCAGUCCAGCCUGCAGUCCCAGAGGAGCUCGCAGCAGAGAGAAAACGACGAGGAGAUUCAAGCUGCCAAAGAGAAGCUAAAGUACUGGCAGCGACUACGGCACGACCUGGAGCGCGCGCGUCUGCUGAUUGAGCUCCUGCGCAAGCGGGAAAAGCUCAAGCGAGAGCAGGUGAAGGUGGAGCAGAUGGCCCUGGAGCUGCGGCUGACCCCGCUCACGGUGCUGCUGCGCUCUGUCCUCGACCAGCUGCAGGAGAAGGACCCGGCUCGGAUAUUUGCCCAGCCGGUGAGCCUGAAGGAGGUACCAGAUUAUUUGGAUCACAUUAAACAUCCCAUGGACUUUGCCACAAUGAGGAAACGGUUAGAAGCUCAAGGGUAUAGACACCUCACUGAGUUUGAGGAGGAUUUUAAUCUCAUUGUAGAUAACUGCAUGAAGUACAACGCCAAGGACACGGUGUUUUAUAGAGCCGCCGUGAGGCUGCGCGAUCAGGGCGGUGUCGUUCUGAGGCAGGCCAGGCGCCAGGCGGACAGCAUCGGCUUCGAGGAGGCCUCGGGGAUGCACCUGCCUGAGCGGCCUGCUGCGGCCCCCCGGCGGCCUUUCUCCUGGGACGACGUGGACAGGUUGCUGAACCCGGCCAACAGGGCCCACAUGGUCCUGGAGGAGCAGCUGCGAGAGCUGCUAGACAAGCUGGACCUCACGUGCGCCAUGAAGUCCAGUGGGUCUCGGAGCAAGCGGGCCAAGCUCCUGAGAAAGGAGAUUGCUGUCCUUCGAAACAAACUGAGCCAGCAGCACAGCCAGCCCCCGCCUGCGGAAUCAGGUAUUGGAAGCUUUGAAGAGGAAGGUGCUCAGCUGGGGCAGGAGACGGGGGAGGAAGGAGAUAAAUCUCCCCCUAAACUUGAACCAUCAGAUGCAUUACCUCUUCCUUCAAACUCGGAGACUAAUUCAGAACCACCAACCCUCAAACCAGUAGAACUCAACCCAGAGCAGAGUAAACUAUUCAAAAGAGUCACAUUUGAUAAUGAAUCACAUAGCACUUGCACUCAGAGCGCACUGGUAAUCGGACACCCUGCAGAGCCCACCCUCGCCAGUAGUGGCGAUGCGCCGGCGGCGGCGGCCUCCGCGGUGGCGGAGCCAGCAAGCGAUGUAAACAGACGCACUUCUGUUCUCUUCUGCAAAUCGAAAAGUGUAAGCCCCCCAAAGUCUGCCAAGAACACUGAAACCCAGCCAACUUCUCCUCAGCUAGGGACCAAAACCUUUUUGUCUGUAGUCCUUCCGAGGUUGGAGACUCUUCUGCAGCCAAGAAAAAGGUCGCGGAGCACCUGCGGCGACUCGGAGGUGGAGGAGGGGUCCCCGGGAAAGCGCCUGGACACAGGUCUCACCAAUGGCUUUGGGGGCGCACGGAGCGAGCAGGAGCUGGGUGGCGCCCCGGGGAGGAGAGCCGCACCCCGACGACGCUGCGCCUCGGAGUCCAGCAUCUCUUCCAGCAGCAGCCCGCUCUGCGACUCGAGUUUUAGCGCGCCCAAGUGUGGCCGGGGCAAGCCCGCCCUGGUGCGCAGGCACACGCUGGAGGACCGCAGCGAGCUGAUCUCCUGCAUCGAGAACGGGAACUAUGCCAAGGCGGCCAGGAUCGCCGCAGAGGUUGGUCAGAACAGCAUGUGGAUUUCAACGGACGCUGCAGCCUCUGUUCUCGAGCCUCUGAAAGUCGUGUGGGCCAAGUGCAGUGGCUACCCCUCCUAUCCGGCCCUGAUCAUUGACCCUAAGAUGCCACGUGUGCCUGGCCACCACAACGGGGUCACCAUCCCAGCCCCGCCGCUGGACGUGCUGAAGAUAGGCGAGCACAUGCAGACCAAGGCUGAUGAGAAGCUGUUCCUCGUUCUCUUCUUUGACAACAAGAGAAGCUGGCAAUGGCUCCCCAAGUCCAAAAUGGUCCCCCUGGGCAUGGACGAGACCAUAGACAAACUGAAGAUGAUGGAGGGGCGGAACUCCAGCAUCAGGAAGGCUGUGAGGGUCGCCUUCGACCGUGCCAUGAGCCACCUGAGCCGCGUGCACGGGGAGCCCACCAGCGACCUCAGUGACAUCGACUGACCUGUCCGCCUUCCCGUGGCCUUGUCCAUAGUGUGGAUAAGCUGUACAUGCGUGUAUAUUGUUCCAGACUUAA